AAAACCACCUCCCUCUUACACACAGAACAUGGCCGAUGAGCCGAUCCCUAUCUCUCUCUUUUCUUUCUCUCUCCUUCUCUGAAAACGCGAAGUACGAACGGGAAUAUCUGAAACCCUAUCUUUUUUUCCUCCUUUUCGGUUGCUUGUAAUCGAAGCAUAGAAUUCGCUUUGAUCUGACAAGUCCGUGAGAUGUGUUUUGAGUUUCUCGUCCACGCCAGGAGAACGUCGAGCGAGUGCGAUUCUCGUUUGCAGUUGACAUUCAUUCAUUGAUGAAGCAGUUUAGACGAUGCCAGAGGAUCCUGAUCCUCUCUCUUCUUUCUCUCUCUGUUUUAGCUCCAAUAGUUUUCGUCUCACAUAAGCUUAAGAAUCUCAGUUCCAUUGGUCGGAAAGAGUUUGUAGAGGAUUUAUCGACGAUCAAAUAUAGGAGAGAUGAUUUAAGACUUGAAGCUAUUCAACAGGAAACAGGCGAAGGCUUGAAAGAGCCACGGCUAAUUGUUUUUAAAGAUAGGGAUCUGAAUUCUGCAAUUAGUUCUAAUUCAUCCGGAGAGAUUCGUGAUUCGAAGAUUUCUGGAAUUGGAGAGAGGACAAAUGGUUUGGAAAGUAGUGGAAAUGGAAGAGGGACAAAUCAUGAGAGUGAAGCAGGAGAUGAGCUAUUUCAGCAGAAAGAAACAGUGCCCAUAUCAAGAGAAAAGGAACAAUUUAUUCUGACAGUCAAAGAUGAUCAGAGUGUACUCUCUCAGUUGCAUAAGGUUUCACUAGAAAAGAAUAAAGAGACUCUAGACGUGCAAAACCGACACGAUAGAAAUGUACGUCCUCAGUCGCAAAGAGUGACAGAUGAGAAGAUAAGAGAGAUGAAAGAUCAACUGAUAAGAGGCAAAGCAUAUUUGAGUUUUGCACCACCAGGUAGUAACUCGCACUUAGUGAAGGAGUUGAGACUACGAAUUAAAGAGGUGGAACGAGCAGUUGGUGAGCAUACAAAAGAUUCAGAUUUGUCGAGGAGUGCUUUACAGAAGAUGAGACACAUGGAGUCUUCAUUGUUCAAAGCCAGCCAGGUGUACCCCGACUGUUCUUCUAUGGCUGCUAAGCUCCGUGCUAUGGCUCACACUGCUGAAGCGCAAGUUCGAUCUCAAAAGAAGCAAGCUACUUAUCUUGUUCAUCUUGCUGCAAGGACCACCCCGAAAGAGCUCCACUGUCUCUCCAUGCGACUCACUUCAAAAUACUUCACCCUGGAGCCCAAUGAGAAGCGGCUUCCCAAUGAACAAAAGUUACAAAAUUUGUAUGAUCCAGAGCUGUAUCAUUAUGUUGUCUUCUCGGACAAUAUCCUGGCGUCUGCCGUAGUUGUCAGCUCCGCAGUUUCCACAGCAGUGGAACCGGAGAAAAUCAUUUUCCAUGUGGUGACUGAUUCGCUCAAUUUUCCAGCAAUCUCAAUGUGGUUCCUAUUGAACCCUCCCGGCAAAGCCACAAUCCAGAUUCAGAGCACUGACAGUUUUGAUUGGUUAUUCAACAAGUACAAGGCAACACUAAAGCAAAAUACCAAUGACCCUAGAUUUACCAUUCAACUCAACCACCUUCGUUAUUAUCUGCCAGAUAUCUUC